ACAUCAAUAUGUUUUUGAUUAUGAUAUUAGCACUUUCGCACCCGUCCAUCUCACAUACAAUACUGCAACCCGACACUCCUCUCGAAGGACAAUUGAGGACACCCUGGAACGCAUGGAUGCGGAGUACGAAUCCAUUUAUGAACUAAGUCAGAAGCUCAGCACAAUCGAACAUACUUUACGACGACGGCGCGCCAGACUUCACAAUUUCCUUCAACCCGUGGCUGCCCUUCCUAUGGAAGUUUUGCAACGAAUCUUCCUGGAUGCCAUUCAACCAAGAGAAUAUUUCGAGUUCGGAUAUCUUCCUUCUCCUAUCACUCUUAGUGAAGUCUGCUCGACAUGGAGACACGCAGCCCAAUCGUAUCCUCCAAUAUGGACCGUUGUUCGAUUGGAACCGUGUGACCACCGUUCCUAUUCAUUUUAUGCCCGCUGUUCUGGAAGUCUCUCUUUGGAGCUUCAUCAGCGGAAACAAGAUUAUAAUCGCACAAGGAUAGCCGGACUGGAAGGCGCUGAUGUACAGGACCGGAUAACUGCACUAUCUUUGCCACUGGAUCAGACGGAUGAUUGGUAUGCCCAGUUCGGUGAUCAUUUCUGGAAAAGUAAGGGAGUUCCAAACCCCGAGUCCAUUGAGCGCCUGGCUCUGCUCGCAACUCAUGGUGUGGAUGGUUCUGCUUACAGCGACCCUCUGAGAUACCUUCCAUCGCUCCGUCACCUAUCCCUUGACAACAUUUUCGUCCCGUUGUCCACCACCCAGCUGGCAAAUCUCGUUACUCUUGUUGUUCGCUAUGUUGAAAUUGAUAGCUCAGAGUUUACUGAGUUCAUCGAGGCCUGCGACAAUAUCCGGGAAUUGACCCUAGACCAGGUGGACAUCAAGUGCGACGAGGAUGAUGGCAUUGUCUCAAUCCCAUCUCUCCAUACUCUUUCCCUUAUCCGUCCAAAUGCAGGUUUUUUUGACGGCUACAGGGUGCCUCAACUCCAAUAUUUUACCCUGCGGGAUGAUAUCCGGAGUUAUUCACCCGCGUACCUGUGCAUGGCAGAGAAUUUUAUAGCGGACACGCCAACGAUCAAGGUCGCUUCCUUGAAAAUCGGACCCCAACCCCUAUCUUGUAUUCUCGAAAGAUUAUGGCCUCAUUCAUCCCAUCUAGAACAUGACAAUCUCCGUCAUUUAACGGACCUCACCAUUUCUGGGCAUCCCAAAUGGCCUCUUGAUGACGUUAAACCUUUGAUCAAAGCUCGCUUGGAAGGUCAUCAAGCAGAGCUGAGACCGCUCCAGAGAUUAUCGGUACCACGCUUUAUGUUUGAGGAUGAUGUGGAUUGGGUUCGAAGUCGGGUGCCAGUGUUAGAACUGACUGAUCGAUAAAAGUGCAUUGAACGGGUACAUGCUAUAAAUUCAUCGAAACAAAUGCAUGGAACAUGUCUUCACUCUCAUCCUUUGCUACCAUGUCCAGUAACCCCUAUUCAAGACAGGCUGAUCAGACGGCUCGCACAGUCCCACUUUCUGCAGUGUUGGGGCCGCGGAGUCAGCCCCGGUUGGACAUUCUAUUAGUCCAUGAACAACUCUGGAAUUCCGAUGUUACUUCUGUGCACCUAUCGCCUAUGUUUCGUCGUUGUCUGCUUGCGGGGACAUGCUGUGUAAUGGGUG